AUGUCGACUUGGGGUAGUUAUUUCCGGGUGACCACCUAUGGCGAGUCGCAUUGCCGUUCUGUUGGCUGUAUUGUCGAUGGGUGUCCUCCCGGGCUCCAACUUGCUGAGAAUGACAUCCAACCACAGAUGACUCGGCGGCGGCCGGGGCAGUCAGCACUUACUACACCUCGGAAUGAAAAGGACCGGGUGGAGAUCCAUUCUGGGACAGAGUUUGGAGUCACGCUGGGAACCCCGAUUAUGUUGAUGGUGAAGAAUGAGGAUCAGAGACCGAAGGAUUACGGAAGCGGGACCAUGGACAUGUAUCCUCGGCCUAGCCACGCUGAUUUCACCUACCUGGAAAAGUACGGCGUCAAGGCAAGCUCGGGCGGUGGCAGGAGUAGUGCGAGAGAGACAAUAGGACGAGUUGCAGCUGGUGCGAUCGCAGAGAAAUAUCUAUCACUUUCUCACGGCGUUGAGAUCGUGGCGUUCGUCUCGUCGGUUGGAUCGGAGCACCUCUUCCCACCCACGGCAACUCAUCCGUCGCCCGCCACCAAUCCAGCCUUCCUCUCACUCCUCUCCCGGAUCACACGACAAGAAGUCGACUCCUUCGUCCCUGUGCGGUGUCCGGAAAAGUCUGCUACAGAGCGAAUGACGAAGGUGAUAGAGAAAUUCCGCGAUGCCUCAGACAGCAUUGGUGGCACAGUAACCUGCGUCAUCCGCAAUUGUCCGAUCGGCCUAGGGGAACCGUGCUUCGACAAGUUGGAGGCAGAAUUGGCACAUGCCAUGUUGAGCAUACCUGCUACGAAAGGGUUCGAGAUUGGGUCAGGUUUCGGUGGCUGCGAGGUUCCUGGCUCGGUACACAACGACGCAUUUAUUGCCGCUCCCGAGGUCGCUCCGGGCGAACAGACUCCCACCUCGAAGCGGAAACUGACGACCAAGACGAACAACUCUGGGGGAAUCCAGGGCGGUAUCUCGAACGGCCAGGACAUCUACUUCCGAGUGGCCUUCAAGCCACCUGCAACCAUUGGACAGGCGCAACAAACAGCCACUUUCGACGGCGAAGAAGGCACCCUGGAAGCCAAAGGGCGGCAUGACCCCUGUGUUGUCCCCAGGGCUGUGCCCAUUGUCGAGGCCAUGUCCGCUUUGGUGCUUAUGGAUGCGCUACUUGCACAGCAAGCGAGAGAGACCGCUCGAGCUCACCUUCCGCCCUUAAAGGCUAUGUUGCCAGUGAAGGGCACCGGCACGUCAGCGGAUCCUGAGAAAGUGCUGAAUGGCAGUGCACUUCUAGGUGCACACGAUUGA